AUGAGCCUCAUAUUCGACAUUCAUAGUCGUAUAAGAGAUUUGCAUGAUGCCGUUCUGGCUAGAUUCAAACACCCGGCACAGACGAUCUGCCGGGCGUUUCCCUCCCCUGAAGCCGUCGAGCGUUUUGUCUCAAGGCUUCGGAGAGCAGAUCCUAAAUUACCUGUACAUACGGCGCGAUUUCAUCUUCCUUGUGACGCAGCUCCAGAGAUGGCGAAAUGGGCAGCGUUCUCAGUGGUAUUGUUUCAUGAAAGCCUCGAAGAAGUGGCGUUCGAGUUUUGGGAAUGGUUUGGGGACGGUAUCUCCAGCAGACAUGCGGAGUUCUGUUUAUCCCAAUUACUCUUCCUAAAUUCCGAUUCAGAUUGGUCUGAAUAUAGGACUCUAGGACAUCAUUCCCAUGGUCUGAGUGCAAUGGCCCUUCCCGAUUGGAUUGACACUGCGACAUCUGCCAAGAUGGCUGUUAAGUCUCGGCUUGCAAGUUCAGCAAAGUCAGCAUAUCCAGACAUGAAACCGAUUGGGGAUGAUGAUGUUCUCCUCUAUUCAACUGGAAUGGCUGCAAUCAGUGUCAUUGCCCGCACCCUAGCUCGGUCAUCGGAGGAUUCUGGCGCCGUGGUGUACGGAUGGCCGUACUCUGGUACUCCCCAUUGUGUGCAAGGGUGUGGGUUCAAGCGCUACAUCAUGUACGGCCACGGCUCGAAGGAGGACCUCGAUUCGUUUGAGACCAAACUAGUUUCGGGGGUCCGAUUCACAGUGCUAUUUUGCGAGAUCACGUCUAAUCCUCAGUUGUCCACGCCGGAUUUGCAUCGAAUCCGAGAUCUCGCCCACCGAUUUGGCUUCGUCGUGGCGUGUGACGAUACGAUAGGCACGUCCGUCAACGUGGAUAUCCUGCCAUUUGUCGAUGUCAUCAUCACCAGCUUGACCAAGAUCUUCAGCGGUGCCGGGAAUGUCAUGGGAGGGAGCCUCAUGAUUAACCCCAACUCCAAGCACCACAGCACUCUCUCCUCCCUUCUACAUAUAGCCUACGAGGACCUUUACUUCCCUCUCGAUGCAAAGACAAUUGCACACAACUCCUCGGACUUCGCAACCCGCGUAAAUAAAUGCAACAAGACCGCGCUGCAGAUCGCCAAUUUCCUCAGAUCUCAUCCAUCGGUCAAAUCCGUUAACUAUCCCAACACAGUGGCUACGGCACCUCUGUACGAGCGAUACCGCCGCGCAGAAGGCGGAUAUGGAUUUCUCCUCAGCGUCAUCUUCCACCAGCCCGAAAGCGCUGUGCUUUUCUAUGACACAUUGGAUGUGUGGAAAGGGCCUACCGUUGGGACGAAUUUCUCGAUUUCUAUCCCGUAUUCGGCGCUAGCGCAUGCGAAAGAACUGGAUUGGGCCGCGUCGCAUGGAGUGCCGAAGCAUAUUGUGCGCCUGAGCGUUGGUUUGGAGGAUUAUGGCGACAUAUCAGAGCGCGUGGACCAAGGACUACGCGAGGUAGAAAGGAGAGAGAAAAUCAAUUGA